AUGACACGGCAGAAGAAUGCGAAACGGGAGUACGUGAGCACUGAAGCAAGCACUACCUCGGCGAACGACAUCAAGCGCAGCAAAACAGAAUCAGUCGCUGCCGUCAACAGCGGUGCUCAGGGUUGUGCAAAAAGACCGCCGCGCCUGUCGAGUCAAUUGCCUUUAACGACGCAACACGAUCUGUUGCAGCACGUUCAACACCUACUGGAGGACAUGUGCCAGCGCUUCGGCAUGAAGUGGUGUCCACAAGAGAUGCAGAAGCACAGAUGGACCGAAAAACGCUCACUAGAACUUCAAUGUUGGGUCAAGUUCCUCAAGAAGCAUUCUAGCUGCCUCCCCAUCAGUGUGUCCGAGCCACAAGCUUCGGCACUCGAGACACUCCUAUUCACCAAGGUGGCCAACAUCCGCCACCUCGGCGUCCAUCGUCGAGCUCUUGAGCUGCCCACGAUCCUCGACCACCUCGUUGCUGCCUGCACAUUCGCCGAGUUGCAUCAGGAUAUCGAGGUCAAUGCUGGGUUGUCGUCUAUCGUCCGUGCUCUACAGAACAUCCAUGGCGAUCUCAUGAAACAACAAGACUCGAUGAGAGAAGUUCUGCAGCGCAGGAUAACCCAGAUUCGGCUGCAGCAAGCUGAACUGGAACAUCAGGCGGAGCUGGACACCGAGCAAGAUAACUCGCGACGCUUAGUGGAGGCAGGUAGCAAAAUAGAUGACCUGCUACGUGGUGGGUGGAGGCUAGAAGAAGACACCACAAUUCCCCGUGGCAGGUCGCCAUUUUCAGAUGGGUCUGAGAUCGACGCCAUUCUCACAGAGGCGGCAGCGCGCUCUUCAGUCUCGUAG